AUGGUGGGUGUUUCUACUACUGACGAAAACCGCAAGCCAAUGGAUAACAUAAAUCAUAUUGGGUCUAUCAUACUUCCGACUCCAAGUACUACACCUACCUCUCCUAUCGAUACCACAUCAAAUAAUCUAUAUUUUAAAAACAAAAAAGAGUCUGCAUUCUCCACUGAUACAAUAACAUCCAAAAUUCAUGACCCAUUCAAACACCCCGACAUGAUCAAAUCCUCACAAUCUGCAUUAGCCACACCAAAACCCGAUACUCCUCAAAGACUGAUUAAAGUUUUUUUCGAGUCAAAUUUAAACCAAAAGGAUGCCGGUGAGCUGAUUCUAGAAACAGACGAAGAUUUGGAAUGUGCAGAUAUUCUAGAUUUGAGCACGGCUACACCUCCAAUGUCAAAAAAUCGAUGCUAUUUAGCUAGAAUUCAGACUCCUUCACUCAUUCAACCCACACCAUUUCAAUCAUCACUACAAUCUUUACUAGCGCAUUCAAGUCCAAUUACUCCUCAUUUUCUUUCGCAAAAACCUAGCAACUCCCUUCUUUCAACCCCACUUGCUCAGUAUCUUAGUUCUACCAUGGGGAUGUCUUCCAAUGUAUGCAAUCAGCUGAAACAGUGCGUUCCACCAGCAAAGAUGCUUCGAAAUGAAGAAUGUGAUACCCUUGAUUUUCAAAACGACCAACCAGAACUUCAUGAUACCAAAUGUGCCUCUCCAGCUCAUUUCAAAGUAGUUUCUGAAGACUUGUGUGUCGCUACUCAGUAUGCCACGCGAGAUUGUUUGAUUGACGACUACAAACAGCUAUAUACAGAAACAUUCAAAAAUGUUGAUUUGGAAACAAUUCGAAAAUUUGCUGAUAAUAUUAGUAACUUAGAAGAGAAGGCGGAGUUUGAAUGUGUUUUGGAUCAGUGGAUUAACGAUUUAUGGGACGAAGCACGGAUUGAUAGAGUGAUUCGAAAAUCUGAUAUUUUAAUGCGCCAUCCUCAGCUUGAGCCGCCUACAAGAUACAUAGUUUUGGAAUGGAUGCGUGAGGUUUCUGCACAGGUGAUUCAGUCCAGAAAAACAUUUCACAUGGCAGUUAAAUUUCUGGAUGGAUUUCUUGCAUUGAAUGAAAAUUUAGCCGAGGAUGAUUUUCAACUGGUUGCUGCGGCUUGCCUAUUUCUUUCUUCUCGGUUUGAGGAGACUUUACCACCAACUUUGCGUUUUUUUGCAGAGUUCAAUAUUGCCGAUGUAGAUGAUCAACAAGAGGUCGAACGAACUAUUAAAUGUACACGCGAUUUUACAGAAAAAGUCGAGGCGAAUUUACUUUAUCAUAUGCACUGGGAUGCUUUAAUUCCAACCAUGGUUGAUUUUCUUGCUCGAUAUUUUCAAUUUGCAUAUACAUUUUGGCCACAAAAAGAAACGCAUUGGUUACCCACAUCUCUGAUGAACAACGAAGUCAACAAAGACUGUUUCAAAUGUUUUUCAAUGCGUCGAUUUGAUCCCUAUUGGUAUGCUUCUGCUGCGAGUAUUAUGGAUCAAACGUUGUUUUAUCCCAAAUACUUGGAGUACAAGCAUAGUGUGAUUGCAGCAGCAGCAUUUUGGCUUUCAUGGCCUGACAAAGAUACCCGACAAGAAGUAGCUGAAGCAGUGACUGGUCUCAAAGUACAUCAGAUUAUGCCAUGUGUGGAAUUUAUUAGAAAAUGCGAUAUUCAAGUUGAAAAUUUCAUCGAGGUUGUCCGCGGUCCAAUGUGGGAGUUUGUUGUCGAUGCCAAUGCCAACUCGGAUGACAAAUACAGGACACCAUUUGACAUUGUCGACAAUCAAAUUAUGGGACUUCCGCGCGACUAA